AUGGCUGACUGGUCCGAUGCACAAACCCGUAUUCUUAUUGACGAGCGUGCUAAAUAUUUUGAGGAGUUUCGCUCUCACUUUUGGGAAAAACCUGAAGACUCUUUUGAUAGGAUUCGUAAUAUGAACAUUUCUAAUCGUAGACGAGGCAGAGGAAUUGUUUCACCUGCACCCUCCAUUGAUGUGGUUGAACAG